GAACAGUAACUAGAGUCGACAAAACGUAUUUACCGAAUAGUUUUUAUUUUUUAAUUCCAGACUUUUCACAGGUGAAUCGAAAGUAAUUGGUGCACGUUGUUCACAUCACUCAAAAUGAAUGUAACUGAAUUUCAGCUUCCUCUGACCGAGUAUGAUUUCGAGCGCCACUUUGAUGAGAGGGUUGCCAUUGAAUGGAUGCAAGACAACUGGAAAAAGUCAUUUUUGUUUGGUGGUGUGUAUGUUGUGCUUGUGUUUGGUGGGCAGCACUUUAUGAGGGAAAGACAAAGACUUGAUCUGCGGAGACUAUUGCUGCUGUGGUCCCUCAGUUUGGCCGUCUUUAGUAUCAUUGGAGCUUUGAGAACUGGGUGCUACAUGUUAUACGUUCUCAGUACCAGUGGUUUUAAACAGUCUGUUUGUGAUCAGAGCUUCUAUAGUGGACCAAUUAGCAAGUUCUGGGCUUGUGCCUUUGUGAUGAGCAAGGCCCCAGAGUUAGGGGACACCAUAUUCAUCGUCCUGCGCAAACAGCGACUCAUCUUCCUGCACUGGUAUCAUCACAUCACUGUGCUGGUCUAUUCCUGGUAUUCCUACAAAGACCAGGUUGCUGGUGGCGGCUGGUUCAUGACCAUGAAUUACAUGGUGCAUGCGCUCAUGUACAGCUACUACGCUGCUCGAGCUGCACGACUACAUGUCCCGAAACCCUGCGCCAUCAUCAUCACUUCCUCCCAAAUAGCCCAGAUGGCCAUGGGGCUGGCAGUAAGUGCGCUGGUGUACCGAUGGAUGCAGGAUGGGGAUUGCCCUUCUUAUGUAGAUAACAUCAUGUGGGCUUCACUUAUGUAUCUCAGCUAUUUACUCCUCUUUUUGUCUUUCUUUUAUCAGUCUUACGUGAAGGGUUCAAAGCCCACGGGCAUCAAAACUGACUGAGAUACAGACUGGAUGAUUCGAAUGUUGUGUUAAUUGUUCGUUUAACAUGUAUGUUAGAGUCUGGUUAUAUUAAGCUGUUUCAGGGCCUUUUUUAUUGUAUUGGUUGACCAAAGAAUGUAAAGUGCAACUUCAUUUUGUGGUUCUGAACAGCAAAAUGACUUGCCAAACUUUUUUUUAGGGUGAUUUUUAAGUCCUCCGACUGCUCUUACAGGCCAAGAUGCCUAAUCUUCAAAACUCCAUAUUUGUUUACUCUUGUAGCAGUCAUGCCCUGGGCCUGAACUCAUCUGACAUGUGUGGUGUUUUUUGGAUUAUGUGCUAAAAUCCCUAAUGUUUGUUUUGUAUCUGUGUACUUGUGCACCUUUCAUUGGGCCACACAAUGUAAAAAAUGGUAUCCAUUAAGUAGAUGUUCUUCUGUCCCUGUGGGGCGUGUAGGAUUAGUGCUUGCAUAUACCAUGCGCUUCAACCUCAUGAUGUUUUAGAAACUUGAAAUAUCUGUGCUGACUGGUUGGACAGGUUCCCAUAAAUUUGUUGGUGGACAGUGUUUAAGCUGGAAUUCUCGAUGCUCCAGAAUGACGACACCCAUUUCCCCCUCAGUCCUGAGGUCACUGCAGCUCAAAGUUACUGAAAUACCUGUUUGAGGAAUAACUGAUAAUUGGCUCUCACUUGCCCUGGAAUAACACAUGGGCAGAGUCAGUAUGAAAUGUUCCUUAGUUCUGAGGUUUACAGGUUUUGUGACUAUUGCUGUGACGGUGUCCGAAUUUGUGCUUGAUGGGGCAGUUAUACUUUAGCCAUCUGUAUGAUUAUGUUUCUUGCAUUAGUCAAAUGUACAGUUGUAUUUGUCUAUUUAACUGAUCACAUUUGGGAAGUAGAUAUUAGUUGAAAGAUUUAUCACCUAAAUGGUUAAGGAGGUGUUGUCACAUUCCAAUGAGUUAAGGUUCCCCCUUAAAUGGAUAUUUUCUUUAAAUAUUGUAUUCUGUACUAGACUCUAAUGUCUGAUCAACCUUACCUGGUAUAAUUUGAAAUGUUGCUGCUACCCCCUGCAAGAUUUGACCAAAAAUGGUUUUAUUCUUGUUUUCCCUGUCUGUUUCUUAGAAUCAUCAUUUUAUUUCAAGUCUGAGGUGGUUUUUUUUUUUUAUUUUUUU